GCCGCUACAAUGCUGCCGUUUGUAGAGGAGAAUGUGCCGCAGUUGCUGUUGCAGCGCUCCAGCAUAGCCUUCUGCUCCAAUCUGCAUCUGGGGCGUGGCCACGGGCGGACCGUGUCCAGUCUGGUGCUUGGCCGCAAUCUCAAGUUCUACGAGUUUCGCAAGAAGGAGCUUCUGCAUCACAUUGACCUCAAGGAAAGCCGGCUGAAACAGUUGGCCACAAAACUCCAGGCCUAUGAUGGCCCCAUGAGCAGCUUUCUCAGGCGCGAGGCCGAGACGGUGGCCAACAAUGGCAAUGAGUCCGUGUCAUCAGUGAACCACAGCAUGCUGCCAGCUGGCGAGGAGCUGCCCCUCGGCAUCGGCAAGUUUGAGUGGUUGCAAGAGCAGAUCUACAUCCUGGUUCACUGCUGGCAGCUACUGCUGGUCCUGCGCCGACCCCCAGAGCUUGGCGCCAACUUUGAACUGGUGGCCCAACACGAUCACGUGGAGAAUUUCAGGAUGGUAAGCGGUCCCAUCGAGUACCAGGCCUACGUGGAGCUGCGCUUCACCAAUGGUAAGCGCCAGCGCACCGAUUUUCAGCCUGCUCAAGACAAAGAAGAGUCCUCCAGCCCCAACAGCAUCGCCGCCGACACCUUUCCGAACGAAAACUUUGAGCGGCUGCUGCAGCGGGUCCACACAGCACAGGCAGAGCUUUGCAGCCAGCGCGUCCAGACGCAGCUGGACUUUUCCCGCACGCUCGAACUGCAGACCUUCGGUUCGCCUGGCCGCCGCUCCCUGCUGCUGGAGGAGAAACAGCUGUUGAGACGCUUGGGCGAUGUCUGGACGAGGGUCUGUGGCGAUUUCGUGGUCUGCGGCACCCUCCUGGCUAACAUAGCGGGCAACAAUCGCCUGUCCAUUGUCCACUGCCUGCGCCCGCUGCUCCAUCUGGACAAUGGGGGCAGCCUCAGUUUCGAGCAUCGUCUGUACGAACUGCCCCUCCAACCAAAUCGCCAGCCACCGGAAGACUACGAUGAUCUGGCCCAAUUCUGGGCCUGCCAGGAUCAGCACAGUCGUCGUCUCAACUGGCGCCCAGCGGCCAAGGCCUCCCAGCUGCUGCCGGACUGCACGGCCGUGCUGCUUGUGCGUCUGCGGCUGGAAGAUCUACUCCAAGCCGAGAAACUCCAGCUACUGGCCAUCUAUGAGAUAAGAAAUGGCGUGGAGGAUUCAGGGAGUAGCAUACGACAAAUGCAUUUGGCGACCAUUGAUGUCGUAGCUCUGCUGAAUCAUCCCGAGGCCCUGGCCCCUCGGUUUGCUCCCAACACACUGCAUCAGGAUUUUCUGGCCGUGAUCAUGACACAGACGGCACAUUGUGCCCUGCGACUGAAGUUUCUCGAGGGUCAGGCGGUGCAGGACUGUGCUCGAUUCGAGCAGCUACUCAUUUCCAAGCUGGCGUUUGAGCUGAUCACGACCCAGAGUACGGAUCAAGCCUCGUCUGAUCGCGGCUCUGAUGUGGAUAUGCUUGAUGCCUUCUGUACCACCACCACGACGAGCACUGCCUUGAUUCCCGUCCAGCAUAUCUUCUACAACAGCCAGCCCCUGUCGCAAUGGUGUGGAGUGCUGCUGCUACGCGAUGAUCCCGGCCAGCACUGGCAUGUCUAUGCCCAGACCCGGGCCCGUCUCCGUCUCCUGCUGCAUCGCUUAAUGCGCGAUCUCCUGCAGCUGCACUGUAACCUCUCCGUUCUGGAGCUGAACGAAUACAAUACGGCACCCGACGAUGUGGCUGGGGCUUUUGAGGCGAGUCUCCGCGAAGAGCUGCUUGCCUGGUCGCAGUUGUUAACACAAAAGGAUGGCAGACAGCAGCAAGACGAUCGUUUGAAGGAGCUGACGAACCUGCAUCAGCUGCAAAUGGCCAGCGAUGUGCUGGCAUCUGUGAUAAAAACUCAAGCGCAAGAGGACGAAUAAUAUUUUGGGGUGGAGAUUAUUAUUAUUUUUAUUCCAAGGCCUUGUUGCACUUCCAUCAUAUGUAGAUCCUUUGUACCGGUCAGUAGGAUUGUGUGCCCGUAUGUUUAGGCUUUUGAGAUCUUUUUGUAUAGAGUGCAGGGCAUUCACAUAGGAUGUGUUUCGAUGUUUCCUUCUCCAUUUCGCAGGAUCUACAGUAGUCGAUGUCUACUAAUUUUAAUUCCUUGAGGUGAUAUAUCAUGCCGGCAUUUGCCCGGUCAUUCAUGCGACUUUUUUGGAUAUGUGGGUUGUAUUGUGAUCGUCAGAUUAAAGCAUUCGAUUCUGGGAUUGCAUAA